AUGGCCAAUUCGGAUACUGCCUACGUGGAGGCCGACAUGGGCAAGAACGGGGAUCUGGAAUAUAUUGAGGAGGUUGCCCUGGCACGAGUGACAGAGGAGGACCUGUGGAAGAUGUCGAAGGAUUCUCUGUCUCUAAAGUCGAUGACCGGCUUCCGUCUGUUUCUCAUCAUGUUUAUUCAUGGUUGUAAUCAAGCUGGCUUUGGAAUCGACUGGGGUGUCAUCGGCGGUAUCAAUGCUAUGCAAAAGUGGCACGACUACUUCGGUUUCGGGAGCAGUGGUGGUACAUACGGAUUGGUAAAUGCUCUGAUGCAAAUCGGUACCGUCUGCGGAGCUCCUUUCAUGGGUUUGGCCGACGUGUUUGGUCGUCGUGCAAUCAAUUUCGGCGGCAACGCCUUUGUCAUAUUCGGGGCACUCAUGCAAGGCCUUGCCGUGAACCUGCCGAUGUUCAUGGCUGGGCGCUUCUUCCUGGGCUUUGGCAGUGCGCUCAUGUCAAGCUCUCAGUAUAUUGGCGAAAUCUCGCCGAUCCACUUGCGUGGUGUUAUGGUCGGCUUUUUCGGCGCAUGUUUCCAAGUUGGUAGUCUUGCUAUGCUUGGUGCCAUGAUUGGACUCACCGAGUUGCCUGGCAAUAACUCCUGGCGUGUUCCCCUCAUUCUUGAGUGUUUAUUCCCUGCCAUUGUCUGUUUGGGGAUCUACUUUUUGACUCCGGAGUCACCCCGUUAUUAUGUGUUGAAGGGCAACCGCCAAAAAGCCAAGGAAAUUGUCGCCAAAUAUCACACCACUAGCGCCGACAUCAAUGAGCCCCUUGUCGAAAUUGUUGUGAAACAGAUUGAGGAAUCUCUCGAGGCCGACACGACAGGAUACAGAGCGUACUGGGACUAUCGGGUCUUCUUCACAAGAACGGCCCGUUACCGACUGCUUGUGUUGAUUUUGUACUCGCUCUUCCAGCAAUGGAACGGAGGUGGCAUCAUCACGUACUAUAUGACUCCUUCUUUACAGCAACUUGGCUUCCACAACGAGAAGAGCCUUCUCGGUUUCCAAAUUGGCACCACCGCAGUCUAUUUCGUCUUUACGGCCGUCGGCGCGCUUAUAGUCGACAAGUUCCGCAGACGAACCAUGAUCUUUGUGGGUCUCAUCAGCAUGAUUAUUUUCCAAACGGCUACGACGAUCACAUCGUGGCGGUACGCUGUGUAUCCCACUGUUGCGGCGGCGGCGUGUACCAUCCUCUGGAUCUUCCUUUACCAGACCUUCUCAGCGACAUUUGUUGCAACCAUGCACAACUUGUAUCCAAUUGAAAUUCUCUCUCUACCGCUUCGUGCCAAGGGAAUGGGCGUUUACAGUCUUAUCCAAGGUGGUGCCGGAGCCGCGCAGACUUACGGGAUUGGCGUUGGUAUCCAGAAGGUCGGGUAUAAGAUCUGGGUCGUGUACAUUGUAUACAACUCGAUCCAGCUCGUCUUGUCAUAUUUAUUCUUCCCGGAGACUAGCUCUCUGUCUCUGGAGGAGAUCAAUACUGUGUUCGAGACCCCGGGAGUCCACCCGGUGAAGAUGUCGUUGGAUAUUCAGAAGGCCAAGAAAGCUAGAGCAGCGGCCCGGGACGAGGAGGGUAGUAUUAAUCGAUGA